AUGUACAGAGUGGACAUCACCCUUCCACCGAAGGAAGGGAGGGACGAGAAGGCCGACAUACUGAAGAUUAAAACAACAGUGGCGGGGCUAAGUGACAUCAAGGUUCUGUUUUCAUUUAAGGAAAUCGGGAAUUCAAUGGUAAUUCUUGUUCUACGGGUUGACAAAGCGUGCAGCUGGCCACAGUUGACGAGCUUCCUGGCACGCAAGGGCUAUGAGGUCAAGGUGACCCCAGUGUAUUACUGCAGUGACUUCGCCCGGGAACUUGGUAUGAACAUGACCAGAGACUUUUAUGAUACGUCUCUCGCGGAUGAUGAGGACAUACUUCUGGGCAAACAGAUAUUUCCUGUGAAAGGUUUGACAACAGCUCAGUAUUACGAGAAGCUGAGACAAAUGUUCGUGAGAGACAUGGGAAUUCUGAACGCAGGUCAACGGGCGGUAUGUUUCAGAACUCUAGCAAGUCUUCCAGUUGAGCUGACGCACUUCGCUCCAGUUGGCCAAAAGGCAAUGGAAGCUAUAGAAGAAACGUUGCAUGCACCUGAUACCUUCAGUUUUGAAAUCCUUCGAAUCCAGAAGCUCGACCAAUACACUGGAGGAUGCAACUGAAAAGAUAUAAUUUCCAAAUACAGCCAAUUAUAUAAAACUGGCAAAAUAUAGAUGAAAUAUAUUACAUGUAGUUCUCUAUGUACCUUCGGCCCUAAAACCAAAUGAAUUUAAGACACGUAUGUCUAAUAAAUAUGUAAUAAUGUUUCGCUGAAUAAAGUAUCUUCUGUUG